GGCAAAUAGAAGCUUGCAGUGUGCAGGCACUUCUUUUCAGAGGGCAGAGAGCGAUGCUCAGUCUACUGACAGGCGAGCCAGCAGACCAACAAGAACAUAUUCUUGUAGAACUAACAGAUGGUAACACCACUAGUGGGUCUUCUGAAGUCCACUUUGAAUCUCUGGGACCUGACUCUACUUGUAUCCUCAUCUAUCGCUUACAGUGAAGACCUGCAGAUGCACUCGACCACAGGUUUACUUCUCGACCCUGCAUCCGUCUCAACACUCACUCCGAAGCUGCAGGAAGAGGAUCUACAUGUUUUACUGACAGACUUACUGGUGGUUUGAGUUUUAGCCUCAGGUGGACUGGGAGGUUUCUUUUCUUUGAUGUGGUGUGGUGUCUUCAGAACCAGCAUGUUUCCCAUUGUUGUAGUGUGUGUAGGAUUUGUCCUGCUAGGCUCAGGAGAUGCUCAAGUUGCUUCAGAGACUCAGGGACAGAGCCAGGGUCAGGACCAGACCCAGGGGCAGGACAAUUCUGCUGCUCCGUGGAGGCAGGUAAUUCGAUGGGAGAACAAUGGCCGACUGUUUAGCUUGCUUAACAGUGGAGCUGAAUAUGUUCCUGCUAGAGGAGGUGCCCAGGAGAGAGGACCCAGGGUGGUUGUUGCAGAUUCUCUUCCACGCUCAUCAGGCAGACGUCCAGGAGGUAAUGUCCGCCGCCAGGCUCCCUCAAGAGGAUCCUCUGAGACUGUCCGUGGUCAGGCAAGGCAUCCCUUUGGCUUUGGGCAAGUACCUGAUAAUUGGAGACGAACUGCAGGGAGCGCCGGUGGUACCCAGUUCCAGGGAUCGUCUGCCACUCAGUUCAGGCCAUCCACAGGCUCUUCAUCAUCAUCUUCAUCCUCAUCCUCAUCAUCCACUUUCUCUUCAUCACCAUAUAAUGUACCAUCCUUUCCACAGUAUCCAAAUCCUCAAGAGCCUCCAUUCCAACCAGUACCUUAUGACCCUGGAUAUAUGGAAGGACCAGUGAGGAGCUUUGAGCCUCCCUUUCAGCCUGUUGGUGGUGGAGUAUAUGGCGGUGGAGGGUAUGGUGCUGGUCAGACUUAUACUGGAGUGGGGUAUGGAGGUGGUCUGGCUCCAGUGCUCCCAGGCUCCCCCUCUGAUUUUACUGACGAGAGCUACCGUUACUAUCAGCCUUACAAUGUUGGGCCUAAUCCUGCAGUGCCUGCACGUGCUGCCCAGCCACCAUUUGCAAGUGGACUGGACCACAGAUACACCCACAGUCUAUACAAUGAAGACACUGCUCCAGCCGUCCCUGUCCCAAGUAUCAACCAGGCAACAUCCAUGAUUACGGACAGGACAGGAGCAGCUGGGCAAAUACCAAUCAGAAGCCCUCAGUACGAGCAGUUUCCUCCAUUUGGAAGACCCCAACCUCGUGCCCAGCAGCCCAUUAUUCCAGGCAGAAAUUCUCCAAACUCUGCCUUAGAGAACGCCGGUAUGACUGUUGGAAGUGUGUAUCAGCCAGAACAACAGAGAGGUUUGCCUGACCUUGUUCCUGAUCCCAAUUAUGUCCAGGCUUCCACAUACAUCCAGAGAGCUCACAUGUAUUCUCUUCGAUGUGCUGCAGAGGAGAAAUGUCUGUCAAGCUCUGCCUAUGGCCCUGAGACCACCGACUACGAUGUGAGGGUCUUGCUGCGUUUCCCACAGAGGGUGAAGAACAAGGGCACUGCCAGCUUCAUGCCAAACAGGCCACAUAAUACCUGGGAGUGGCAUAGCUGUCAUCAGCACUACCACAGCAUGGAUGAGUUCAGCCAUUAUGAUUUACUGGAGGUCAGCACUGGCCGCAAAGUGGCAGAGGGUCACAAGGCCAGCUUCUGCCUGGAGGACACUACCUGUGACUUUGGUCACCUGAAGCGCUUUGCCUGUACUUCUCAUACUCAGGGUCUGAGUCCAGGCUGCUAUGAUACGUACAAUGCUGACAUCGACUGCCAGUGGAUCGAUAUCACAGACAUCAAACCUGGCAACUACAUAUUAAAGCUCCAGGUUAAUCCCAAAUUCUUGGUGCUGGAAUCAGACUUUACCAACAAUGUGGUCAGGUGUAACAUUCACUAUACAGGACGGGCUGUUAGAACAACCAACUGCAAGCUAGCACAGUCUUGAACAGGCACUGGAUGCCUGGCUGCCAAACUAGAGUGACCGUGAUCGCUAUUCCAUUGAAAUGUGAAUGGAAUCCAUUUAUUGUUGGUUUGUUGUUGCUGGUGUUGUUUGUCUCUAUUAUCUUGUGCUGUUUUUGGUAUCUUGGACCUGAGAAGAAUGUGGUUAACUAGCGUUAUGAGACACACAUGUGUGUGUUUGUGUGUGUGUGUGUGUGUAUAUACACGCCACAUACGCACAGGUUCAUGUGAAAGUCAGUGCAGCAGAUACUGCAUUGACUUUCAUUAAUUACGAGAGCCUAAAACAAAGCAUUAUCCCUAAUUGUAUUCAUAAAUAGGUAAUGCCUAAACCUAACCUUAACCUAACCACAAUUCAAAUGUUAGCCCUAAACUUCCUCAGAAAUUAGGUUCUGCCUCAUUUGGACCAGGGUUAGGUCUCAAUGAGUACUGUUCCUGGCAAGGUCAGUGUUUAUGCCAGAAAUGUCCUAAAGGAGUAACAAAUACAAACACACAUAAAGCGUUACAUAAUCCAUACUUCUAAUGAUAUACUAAUAAGUAACAGUUUGUAGGCCUGCAAUCCAUGUUUUAAUAUUGUCCAGAAAACUAUAUUUCUUGUGUGUAAUUUCUUCUUAAGAGAUUAUUUUUGCUUUGCUGAAAAGAUGUGACCUUAGGUAGGUUAGGGUUCAUCAACAAUACAACAAAUAAAAUGAGGGGCUAAGUCCCAAGUGCAUCCAGUCAUGCAGGAUGAGGGCAGACAGACAUGCCCAGUGGGUCAGGCUGAGAUGCUGUGAUUCUCUAAACACGUCCUGUUAAAUGUUGUGUUCUCAGCAAGAAGAAAAAACAAAGUCCUUUUUUCUUUUUUUUCCUCCAUUUUUCAGCUCCAUCAAACUUUAAGUCAGCAGGAAGACAGAUACUGUCGGUGCUGCAUACCCCCAUGCAUCCUUUCUCGUUUUAGUCAAACAUGCACAAGAAGCUCAGCUCAACUAGAAAAGGCGAAAACAAGACAAGUAUUUUACCUCUGUGUUCAACUAACAACACCGGUCAGAUGGCAUAUAAGGCAUCUAUACCUUUUCAAGAGCAAAUAUACAGAUAUUCCACUGUUGCAUGACUUUAAUAGUGGAGAUUAUUUUGUUUGUACUGUGUUUAUCCAUUCUGACCUGUUAUUAUAACUUGAAAUGUAAUGAAAUGAUAUAUAUUUUUUCUUGAUAAUCUGAAUUAUUCAAAUAGUUGUUGGACAAAAAAAAACAAACUACUGCUACAGACUUGCUAUUAAUGCAGAGUGCCAGAAAGAUGUCUAUACCUACCUCUCUGAGUGGGCUGUUUGUUUUUGAUAACUGCGUAGUUUCCAUUUGAAUGCCUGCAGAGGCUGGCUGUGACUCUAAAAUCUCCAUUUACCACGCAUAUUCAAGGAUGUAAGGCAAUCAUUUAGUGACAUUCUUUAAAUGUAAACAUUAUACUAGCCCUUUAGUAGUAAUUAUUAAGCACAUAUUAACACCUUCAUCAGGAAAAAUCUUAAUUCAUGUCAUAAUAGAGGUAGAAUAAGAUUAUGUAGAAUAAGGUGUUAAUAUGUGCUUAAUAAUUACUAAUAAAGGGCUAGUGUGCUGUUUAUGCAUGUUAGUGAUCACCUAGUUAAUAGUGAAUAUGUGUUCCCUAAUCUACAGUGUCACCGAUUUCAGACCUGAAGAUAAAUCAAAACCUAAAUACAGUAAAAUGAAAUAAAUCAACGAGUGAAUAAUAGUCUGUCUUCUAUCAUGGCAGGAGCAACAACAGAGUGAUUCCUGCUUCCCACGGAACAUAUAGUUUCCACACAACAUUGGGCACAGUCACAGGAGUUGUAUUUUCAGUUGCCUGUGACUCUUCUCCUCUCUGCAUUGUUCUUUCUUGGUUUAUUCCCCUGAAAAUGCCCAUUGCCCUGAUUUCAACUGACCUCAGUGACAAAACCAUAACAUCAACGUAUUGGUGCUGCAUGUCUAUAAGAACCAAAAUGAGUAAAAUUGGAAAUAUUAACCCAUGCCACUGAUGAUAAGAACAACUAGUUAAUGACAUGAAUUGGUUAUGCUAACAAUGAAUAGCAGAAAAAAACUGAAGCAGCACUUGUCCAAGAAUACUGUGAAUCAAACUACCCACAAUAAUUUUUCCCACCAUUCAAUUUUUUUUUUCAUUAUACAGUUUAAUUUUUGAAAAUCUGUUUGUUUCUUUGUUUUUGAAAAGACUGUCUGUUUUAAAUGACUGUUUGCAAUAAGCCUAAAAAUGCAGGUCUUUCAUAUUGUACUGUAAAUAGGCAGCUCUUUAAUUUGGCCCACUCUCGCGGAUUACACUGUAAAAAUGCAUCAAUGUGUGAUUUUGACAUUCAGUGGAACAAACAGACGAAAGGAGACAGUUGCGCAGCAUCCUCGACGUGGUGAUGAAAUCUGUAACAUUGAACACCUGUCAAAGUGUCAUAUAGCUCUCAAUAAAUACAUUUACACGUCAGCUGUUUGCUCAGAACUGAAGAUGGAUGCAAGGCUUCACUCUGGUCCUCUGCAUAUGAGACCAUAUCUGAAGCGUUAUAUAAAAUACAUACUGUAUAAGUGCCUCCAAAGGAAAUGCCAUAUGACAAGUGUGAUAACUUAUUGAAAUCAUCCCCCUUAUAAAAGGAUAGGGGUGGGGCCUAUAUGUUUAAUGCAUUAAGGAAAUUUCCCAGGUAUUGUAUGUGAUUGUGUAAUGCAUUAUUCAGGCAGGGAUGCAAAUCUGACCUUCACAAAUACAGAAAACCACACACUUCCUAUACAAUAAGCUGCUUACCAACACCAAGCAGUGACUGCAGCAAUGGCGGAGUGACACCGCUGUGCAUACAUAAGCCGGUCUGACUAGUUUUCAUGCUCUUGAUGAGAUUCCCCAAUCUGUCAAGUUGAGAUAUAUGUGAAGAGACACUGAGAAAUAAUAAUAAGACUGGAUUUUAUUUCCUUUAUUGCCUCACACCAUCACCACACUGCCAAAGACACAUUCACUCGAGGUUCACGCUCUUUGAUUUCUGGCAUCUUAAACAGACAAGUCACGUACAGCGUGACACUGUGUUGAAACAAUGACAGACGCAGGAUGAUGAAAUGUUAUCUGAACUUGUGUUGUGUGCUUCAUUUGCAGUCUUGCAUUGUGCAUCUCUCGAGAUAAUGUAUGUUGUGAUUCAGCGCUAUACAAAUAAAAUUGAAUUGAA